UAAAAUUCAAUAAACUAAUGAGCCUGCUAAUUACAUAAAUCCAUCCUCUUUUCCUCUUGUUAUUUCACAAAAUAACUUCCUAAACCAUCGUGUAAACUUAUCGUGCAUGUCCAUAUAGCCAUAUUUUGUGACGUGCAAAGAAUAGUCGUCUAGUUGGUAGCAGAUGAAUGUCCAUAUAGUUGUUUAGUGGCGCGAAGAAAGUAAUCAUCUUUGUGGAUUGAUAGGUGGAAUCUUCUAAUUAGCCAUUUAGUGGCGUGCAGAAAGUAGUCGUCUUGUUAUACUAUCAUGGCAACUAUCAUGGUGGCUAAACGAGCACGUGCCAUGUGGUGGAUGAGGCUACACUCCGCGAUCCGGACCGCCUUAGCGUGCACCAUAGUGGGGUGUGUCACCCUAUAUAGUCCACCUUCUCUUGCGAAGCAACUAGCAUUUCCUUCAUUUUCUUACGUUACAUCUGUUUUCAUAGUAUCCGAUGCCACUUUAGGCCAUGCCUUAAGGGGAUGUUGGCAUGCAUGUCUUGCCACAAUUCAAGUCAUGCCUCUUUCCAUGCUAGGCUUAUGGCUACAUGGCUAUGUCACUACCGACAACUUCUCGCCGGAAGUAGCCGCUUUAAUGGUGGCGGUGAGCGCAUUUUUGGUGGCGUUGCCGGAGAGUACGGACUUGAUGUGUAAGAGAAUUGCUUUUGGACAGCUUGUUAUAGUGUAUGUUGAUGUUGUUAUUCAUGGAGUUUAUGUCAAUUCUGCUGUAUUGCACCCUCUUAGAAUUGGUUCUAGCACUGCCCUUGGAGCUGUGGCUUCUAUCUUAGCUCUGUUGUUGCCCUAUCCUUGGCUAGCUUAUCAUGAGGUGAGAAACUUAUACAAAAUUUAUGCAGAAAAUGCUUUAAAGAGAAUAAACUUAUAUUUGAAAGCAAUCCAUACUCAAGAUGAUCAGAUAGCCAUGGAACUAAUAUCUCAGGCAAAGCCCUCUGCUGAUACAGGAACUAAGCUUCUUGAGACUAUCAAAUUCUUGGAGGAAGGUUUGCAAUGGGAGAAACCUUGGCUGAGAUUCUUGAUUCCCAACUUCACAGAUCCAGGACAUGGUCUGCAAAACAUGGAAGUUUCAAUGAAAGGAAUGGAAAUGGCCUUAACUUCUUGCCCUUCUUUUCUCACCAGAAUGAUAGAUGAAGAGCUCUUUAAAUUCUCACAUAAUGUUCUGAUGUUUCUUGGUGAUAAAAUGGGGCAAGAUAGAUCCAUUUCACCACAUCAUUCAGUGACAGAAGGGGAGUUUGAGAAAAGGUCUUCUAGGCUACCCCAUGAACCAAUUUUACCAACAAAACUAGAUCAACCAGCACUUUUCUUCUUAUCUUGUUUAAAAAUGUGCACGAAUGGUUCUGACACGAUCACGCCUAUUACUGAUGAAAGAUCAAUAGAUUCAGUAGGAAGUAAUAACAGAUCAUGCUGCAAACGAGUCUGCAUCAAUUGGACUGUGCCAAUGGUCAAUGAAAGGAUGGUGAUAUUCGCGUUUAAGUGUUCAUUUUCACUAGGGCUGGCCGUGCUACUAGGUCUGCUAUUUAAUACAGAAAAUGGAUAUUGGUCAGGACUAACAAUAGCACUCAGCUUUGUUACAGGAAAACAAGCAAUUUUCACAGAAGCAAAUGCUAGAGCACAAGGAACAGCCAUAGGAUCAGUAUAUGGUGUACUUGGCUGCACUAUUUUUCAAAAAGCCGCGCAUAUAAGGUUCUUGUCCCUCCUCCCUUGGAUUAUUUUCACCACAUUUCUGAGGCAUAGUAGGAUGUUCACUCAAGCAGGGGGAACAGCAGCAGUAAUAGGUUCACUACUGAUUUUGGGCAGAAAGAGUUAUGGUCCACCUAGUGAAUUCGCCAUUUAUAGACUCACUGAAGCCUUCAUUGGACUAGCUUGUUUCGUUGUUGUUGAGCUUAUUAUGCAACCAACAAGUUCAGCUACUUUAGUUAAAAAGCAUCUCUAUCUGAUCCAAGGAAAACUCAAAGAUUGCACUGAACACAUGAUAGUUGAUUCAAGGCAAAAGGGGUUAAUGGAGAAGCAAAGGAAACUGAGAUCUCAAGUCCAAGAUUUGGAAAAGUUCAUUAAAGAUGCAGUGUUGGAACCUAGUUUCUGGUUUUCACCUUUUCCAAUUUCUUGCUACCAGAAGCUCCAAAAAUCCUUGUCAACUAUGGCAGAUGUUCUGUUUUUCAUGGCCUAUGAUAUCGAAUUCCUCUCACAAGCAUUCGAUAGCUAUUAUCCUGAUAGAAAAGAGCUUCAAGAAUACAUAAACAAGGACUUACAGCAUCUUAAGAAUGCCCUAAGCUCUGCAGUGAGCUGCUUUGAGAAAACCAUUUCUAUCAGACUAUUAAAAGCUUCUCAAAUCCAACCAGAGCAGAAUAUCUCGGAUGAUCUUGAAGAAGGGAAUUCAUUAUGUCCAAAUGAGUGUAUCAUUUCUUCUACUAAUGAUGAGGAGAUGGAGAUGGUUUUAAGUUCUUUCCUUGAACACUCAAGGGAGGUUUGUGGUAAAGUAAGGGAUAUUGCAGGUAUAGAGCUUAGAGAAACCAUUGUUGGUUUUUUGUGUUCUUUAGAAUUUUGCAUGAACUUUUUGGAGAGAGAAGUAAGAGACAUAGACAGAGGGAUAAAAGAUUUGGUGAGAUGGGAAGAUCCUCUGGGUGAACCAAUUUGUUCAUAAAAAUAUACCACAGAUUUCUUUAAGUUAGGAGCAAAUCCUAUAGAGCCAAGUUAUAUAACCUUCAAAACCAAAAAGCACAAGGCUGUAGAUCUAAAAUAGGACUUUUAGCAUUUUAUCAUCUAUAGUUAUUUUGCUUUUUCUUUUCCCAUUUUAAUUCCCCUUAAAAUUCAAAGAUAACAUGUUAUUCCGAA